UGCAAGUUAUGAUAAACAAUAUCCCAAAAAAAAAUUAAAAAUACGAUAAUAGACAUGUAUAUUGUAAUUUAUUGUUUAGAAACAUAUAAAUAGAAAACUAUUCACGGUAAAUUAGAAAGAAUUAUCUUGUGUCCAAGUAGACAACUGAAAACAUGGCGUUCGUGCAGCUACUUGUCACCUCACUUCUAAUCCUUGUAACCAAAGCAGACGUCGCAAUCGAUAUAGAAAAUGCUUCUUCAGAUGUCUACUGGAUUGGUAUUCUAGCAAACCCUGGACUACCCAUACCUAGUAAUGGAGGAUUCGUUUUGAACGGAGGACAAACAACGACCGUAAGUGUUCCAGACAAUUGGGUGGGUAGGUUUUGGGCCAGGACUGGUUGCGACAGCGGUACAAAUACCUGUCAAACUGGAGAUUGCAGAAACGGUGUGGAAUGUGCCGGUAAUGGAGGAGCUCCUCCAGUUACAUUGGUGGAAAUAACAAUAAAAGGAGACGGUGGACAAGACUUUUACGAUAUUUCUUUAGUUGAUGGAUUUAACGUUAAGGCUUCUAUUCAACCCAUCGAUGGUACCGGCGACUGUUCGACCGCCGAAUGUGAAUCAGAUGUCAAUGCAGCAUGUCCUGAGCAAUUAAAAGACGGAGAUUACGCGUGCUACUCGUCAUGUGCUAAGUUCAAUACCGAUCAAUAUUGCUGUAGAAAUGAGUUGAAUUUUCAUUCUUUAAUGAUAAUCAUUAGUCCACGGGUUCCUCUAAAAUUCCAGAUGAUUACGGUAGUGUAGACACGUGUAAACCCGAUGCAUGGGAGGUCAAUUCUGCAGCCGUUUUUAAGCAGCAAUGCCCAGCAGCCUAUAGUUACGCCUUCGAUGACAAGAAUGGCGCUCUUCUCACCUGCAUGUCUUCACAUUACCACGUCAAGUUUGGUGGAUAAAUAUUUGCAUCCGGUUAUUUAUUAUACUGGAUAGUUAUUGUUACUCUUUAGAUAUUAGAAAAGCAUAGUUACAGCAAAAGUGUAAUAUAACCAAGGAGGGGUAUGUAAUAUAACAAAAUAUUCUUGACUCUUACAAUGUCCUGUUUAAUUACUCAGCAAUAGUUGGCUGCUUGCGUACAAGUUAUGGUAACUACCGCGAAUAUACCAGCUACGUUCAUCCUGCUUCGGUGUUACAAGCAUCGGGAACACCGAGCGCCAUCUUUGGACACACGUGAAUAGUAACCAAUUCUCGCCGCUAGGGGGCCAGUUCAAGUCGGAAUAUUGGCGCGACUUUUGAAUCGAAACAAACAAAUACACUGUAAAUAAAUAUUUCUAGUAGUCUCAA